UGAUUGCUGCCACGCCGGAAGCCUUUAUUCUCGAAGAAAGGAAAAGAAACGCGAAAGGAUGAACAGACAGUUUUUAUUUGAACGUUAACACGGUGCGCUAAUCUCCGUGUAGAGAUCAUCUGUGGUUGUGGAACGUGGCCAAUUAAGAGACGCAAAAAGGAAAACAGACGCAUUCCUUGUGUUGCUGCCCUAUUGAAUUAUUGACAGUAAUCACUCAGGCACUUAAUGGUUACUUUGGAGUGGAAUUAAUUCCGAGCUUGGUAAAUAAUGUAUUAGCCAGCGGACGACAGCGCGACAUCAUUCCUGGGCUGACAGUGGGAGUGGUCCGCAGACCGGCCGGUGCUCUCAGCCGGCGAGGCUUUUCCAGCGCUGGUCCAGCACAUCCAGCGUCGCGACGACGACGACGGUGAUGAUGAUGAUGAUGAUGAUGAUGAUGCGAUGUUCCCAGGAAAGUGGAUCUGAAUCAGGAUGCUAAAGAGCUGAGUGGAAGCCGCCCUGGACUGAGAGUAUGUUGAGCCCUAAGAUACGACAGACUAGGAGAGCCAGGUCUAAGAGCAUGGUGAUGGGGGACACAUCCAGAAGUAGUAGUCGGCCUUCCUCCCCCAGCCUGAAUGAAAAGGUCCUUAAAGCUGGAUGGCUAAAGAAGCAAAGAAGUAUAAUGAAGAACUGGCAGCUUCGCUGGUUUGUGCUACGCAUGGAUGAGCUCUGCUUUUACAAAGAUGAGGAAGAAACCAAACCUCAGGGCUCUAUUCCCCUACUUGGAAGUCAAGUGAAUGAACUGCCAGUCAACCCUGAUGAGCCAGGCAGACAUUUAUUUGAAAUCGUACCAGGCAGCACAGGAGACAAGGACCGAGCAGCCAUCAACCAUGAAGCCUUCCUUCUCAUGGCAAACUCCCAGAAUGAUAUGGAGGACUGGGUGAAAGCCAUUCGACGAGUCAUUUGGGCUCCAUUCGGUGGAGGAAUAUUUGGUCAGCGCCUGGAGGAUACCGUACAAUUUGAGAAGAAGUUUGGACAGAGGCUGGCACCUUUGUUAGUGGAGCAAUGCGUCGACUUCAUACGAGAGCGAGGACUCGAUGAGGAAGGUCUUUUCCGAAUGCCCGGCCAGGCCAAUCUUGUGAAAGAGCUGCAAGAUGCCUUUGACUGUGGAGACAAGCCACUCUUUGACAGUAACACUGACGUUCACACAGUUGCGUCUCUUCUGAAGUUAUAUCUUCGAGAGCUGCCAGAGCCCGUUAUCCCCUUUGCCAAGUAUGAAGAGUUUCUCUCCUGUGCGCAGCUGCUAGCCAAGGAUGAAGAGGAGGGAAUUCGGGAGUUGAUAAAGCAAGUGAAAAAUCUUCCUCAGGCUAAUUACAACCUUCUUAAGUAUAUUUGCAAGUUCCUUGAUGAGGUUCAGGCUCAUUCUAGUGAAAAUAAGAUGAGCGUUCAGAAUCUUGCAACAGUUUUCGGGCCAAACAUACUUCGGCCCAAAUUGGAAGAUCCAGUCACUAUCAUGGAAGGUACCUCUCUUGUACAACAUUUAAUGACAGUGCUUAUUAGAGAGCAUGAAAGGCUGUAUAUCAGUACAGAAAUGGAGGCUUCAUUUUCACAACAAGACAUCAAGCCAUUUGUGCAACGCAGUACAGUCGAGUGGAUUUCUGAGGAAGAUCUGCAAGAAGACCCAUCCAAGAAUGGGAAGCCUAAUCGGACUGAUGACCUGUGCAGCAGUGCAACCUCUUUGGAUGUCAAUGUCAGCACGCCAAUGACUGUCUCCAAACUUGCUACUCAGGGAAAAACAGAAAAACAAAGCCAUGCAGUCACAAGCCCCAGUAAGCAGAUGAAAUCUCUCCCAACGUGGAAAUAUUCCUUCCGAACCUCUGGGGGGAGAUCAAGUAGUGUCAAAUUAGGAGGUUCCUCAGUUGAUAUUACAAAUUUGUCAUCUAGUGGCAACUGGUUAAUGAAUGGGUUGUCCUCUCUCCGUGGUCAUCGGCGAACCUCAUCCGGGGAAAGGGUUAAAGACUCAGGGUCAUCUCAACGGCUAUCAACUUAUGACAAUGUCACAGCUUCAAGUCUGAGUGUCCAAAGUGUCCCGAGCACAACAUGGUCCACUUCAUCUUGUGAAAUCUCCAUUCCAGACUCAACCAGCAGCUGUCCAGUGUGCAAUGCUAGUGACUGUUCAGGACUAAAUGGUGGAAAAGCAGAAUGGACAAUGCAUGACUCUCAUGCACAGAGUGAUAUGAAGCUGUCGGAGUUGGGGGACAGCAGUGAAAGGAUAGAGGCCUGCGUUAGUAGUAUUAAUUGUAGUGAACACAGUAACCGAGUUACAGCUUCCAGUGACUCCACUAGCUGUGCAAAAGCACUAACCGUCUUGGUUAAAGAUCUCAAGGACGAACUUGGGAGGCAAAAGGUGGAGUAUGAACUCAGAAUAAAAAGGCUGGAAGAGUCGAGUGCAGAAAUGUGUGCACAAGUGAACAGGUUGGAAGAGGAGCUGGACCAAGAGAGAAAGAAGUAUGCAAUGCUUGAAAUCAAGCUGAGAAACUCGGAUCGAGCUCGCGAGGAUGCCGAGAAGAGGAAUCAGCUACUGCAGAAGGAAAUGGAAGAGUUUUUUUCUACUCUGGGAGAUUUGACUUUGGGCAGCAGAACAACAAAAAUAUAAGGCCACAUGAAAGAGUCUGGUGCUGGAUGUCGAACGCCAGUUUGUAAGUUGGACAGUGCUCAUGUAUCAUGAGUGUUCUGAAGUAUUUUCACGUCAGGUGGAACUGCUUUUGAGGCAGUGAUGAAUGUUCGGGUUCACAAGAGCUGUAACUCAAGCACUGAGUUGUUUUUGUUUGUUUUUAAAAGAAUACCUGAACUUUAGUGAAAUGUUUUUUGUCCCAAAGAAUAUCAUAUGACCCUGUCUUAUGCACAAUAUUGGAUAGGAUGGGUCUAAAAUCGUGAAUGAAUACCAUUUGACAAUGCUGGUAAACAUACACAACAAUGACCAGGAGGCCUUCAUUUACAGUUUGUUCAGCUCAGUUACAUUUUUAUUGAAUUAAUGACUUGCAUAUCCAGAUUUAUGUUUACAAUGUGAUUUUAUGACAGUAUGGACAGUUGCUGUUGUCUUCGGCAAAGGAAAGAAAAUGGCAAUUAUAUUUUGGUGACCAGAUUCAGAGAAACCUGUAAUUCUAUGCAAUGAUAUCAUGUAUUUCUGUAAGUAACUGGGUAAGAUUGUGAUACACACUUGUUUUGCUCAAAUAAAGCCAGUGUCAAAAAA